CAGUGCUUCUGCCUAAUGCCGGUGCGCGGCAUUCUAGCUGACACGCCGAGAGGAUUAUCCUUCCGCUGGAAGAGCUUUCGUACUUGGUAUUGCCUGUUGUAUAUGUUGGUAACCAUCGCAGAUACCGGGUUGACCUUAAAUAUGAUUGUAAAAGGUGUACUGGAUGUGCGGAACAUCGAGCCCUUAAUAUUUCAUGCAAAUAUAUUUGUGGCUUCAAUUGGCUUUCUCCGCUUAGCCGCCAAAUGGCCGCACUUAAUGCGUAAGUGGCAGCGUGUGGAGCAACAACUGCCACCCCAUCAGACCUGGCGCAAGCGUGAGGCAUUAUCGGUACGCGUCCAUAAGGUGACUUUUGUACUGAUUGCACUGUCGCUUACUGAACAUCUCUUAAGUACCAUUUCAGCUAUUCACUUUGCCAAUUAUUGUCCUUCACGUGGCGAUCCUAUCGAAUCGUAUUUCAUGUUGGUUCUUCCACAAAUAUUUUUCGUUUUCACGUAUUCAACUUGGCUGGCGUGGUUGGGGAAAAUUUUAAAUGUUCUCAUGACUUUCGGCUGGAGUUAUAUGGAUGUGUUCCUGAUGAUUAUAGGCAUCGGGCUAUCGUCUUUGUUCGGACAGGUGCAACGGAGUUUGUAUCUUGUAAAAGGGCAGAUAAUGCCUGAAUCCUAUUGGACACGAACACGUCUGCAAUAUCGUCUAAUUUGUGAUCUAAUCGAGCAAGUCGAUGCUGCUGUAUCCGGCAUAAUUAUGCUUUCGUUUGCGAAUAAUCUUUAUUUUGUGUGCAUACAACUGCUCAAGAGCAUGAACACAAUGCCAUCUACUGCCCAUUUGGUCUACUUUUAUGUCUCACUAUGUUUUCUUUUGGGACGCACUUUGGCCGUCUCACUGUAUCUCUCCGAAGUUAAUGAUCGUUCGCGUGAACCACUAGCAAUUAUCAAACAAGUGCCCAAAGAAGGUUACUGCGCUGAAGUCGAUCGCCUUGCGCAUGAGAUAUCCAUGGAUAAGGUGGCACUGACUGGGCUGCAGUACUUCAAUAUUACACGUGGGCUUAUGUUGACUGUCGCUGGCACAAUCGUAACCUAUGAACUGGUGCUUAUACAAUUUCACGAAGACCAAAAUUUAUGGAACUGCAAUUAACUUUUGACUUGGUAUAUUUUAUAUAA